AUGAAGGAAUGCUGUCUCACGUCCCUCGGUUUUUUCAUAUACGCUUCCUGCUAUGCCGUGCCAUACUUCGUGUCAUCCAAAAAGGUUGCUGACCUGUUGGUGGACGGGUCUGGACAAUACGUGUACGGACUGGAUGUAACCUUGGCCGUAUACUGGUACAUCCUUGGGGGAGUAUUUGCUGGGCUGCUGAUAGCGGCGGGACUUGUUUUCUGUAUAGUGAAGCAGUUUGGGGAAAGUAUACAGACGAAAAUACGCCUUCCAAUUCUACUUUAUUGGAUCUUCUCCGUGCUCCCGUCUGUUAUAUUACUGGUCUUGUCAUACAAGGUCUACGGUAAGACUGUCCCUUGUGACGUCAACACUACUUCGACGUGCCAAACCUCUGGCGUCAAUGAGCACGCAUUGGCAGAUUCGAAGUUCGAGGCAUUCGACGCUUACUCGGUCAUGGUGGUCCAUUUGAUUCUCGUGGUACUGGUGGGCUGCGAAUGGUUUGCCAAAUUUAAAGAAAACGACUAUGAAAUGAAAUACAUCUUCUUUGCCGAAUGUGGAGCGGAAUUUCUCCCCAUUUACGACAUUUCGGAAAUGUGGAAUCUUCUAAUGCAGAAGGAAGUGCUCUUAAAUGACAUCCUUUUAACGGUAGUCGUAAUAUCCGGUGUCACCAGCAUGCUGAGAUUUGUCCCCACGCCACAGAAAGUUGACGAAUCCGGUGAACUUCGACCCAAAAGAGUUCACGUUUUAGUCUACCUACUUGGACACGAACUACCCUUCUUUAUCAUACGAGUCGUGGUCGUGGUGCUAAAUACUAGCAGGACGAUAUUACCUUGGAAUUAUUUAAUUUUAAUCAUGAAAAACGGGCUGUUUAGUAUUUCGUACAUGUUGCUGUUAUGUUUGUUAAACCAAGCUGCACCUGUAAGCACUCAAGCUUGAGCAACGUCA